CGGCGCCUUCCCGGCGGGCAAGAGUAAGUGAAUCAUGGAGCUACGCGUGGGGAACAAAUACCGCCUGGGACGGAAGAUCGGGAGUGGGUCCUUUGGAGAUAUCUAUCUGGGUGCCAACAUCGCCUCUGGUGAGGAAGUUGCCAUCAAGCUUGAGUGUGUGAAGACAAAGCACCCCCAGCUGCACAUCGAGAGCAAGUUCUACAAGAUGAUGCAGGGGGGAGUGGGGAUCCCGUCCAUCAAAUGGUGUGGAGCCGAGGGUGACUACAACGUGAUGGUCAUGGAGCUGCUGGGGCCCAGCCUCGAGGAUCUCUUCAACUUCUGUUCCCGCAAGUUCAGCCUCAAGACGGUGCUGCUCCUGGCUGACCAGAUGAUCAGCCGCAUCGAGUAUAUCCACUCCAAGAACUUCAUCCACCGGGACGUCAAGCCCGACAACUUCCUCAUGGGACUGGGGAAGAAGGGCAACCUGGUCUACAUCAUCGACUUUGGCCUGGCCAAGAAGUACCGGGAUGCCCGCACCCACCAGCACAUCCCCUACCGGGAAAACAAGAACCUGACUGGCACUGCCCGCUACGCCUCCAUCAACACCCACCUGGGCAUCGAGCAAAGCCGUCGAGAUGACCUGGAGAGUCUGGGCUACGUGCUCAUGUACUUCAACCUGGGCUCCCUGCCCUGGCAGGGCCUCAAAGCAGCCACCAAGCGCCAGAAGUACGAGCGGAUCAGCGAGAAGAAGAUGUCGACGCCCAUUGAGGUCCUCUGCAAAGGCUACCCCUCUGAGUUCUCAACAUACCUCAACUUCUGCCGCUCCCUGCGGUUUGAUGACAAACCCGACUACUCCUACCUACGCCAGCUCUUCCGCAACCUCUUCCACCGGCAGGGCUUCUCCUACGACUAUGUCUUCGACUGGAACAUGCUCAAAUUCGGUGCAGCCCGGAACCCCGAGGACGUGGACCGGGAGCGGCGAGAACACGAGCGCGAGGAGAGGAUGGGACAGCUGCGGGGUUCCGCGACCAGAGCCCUGCCCCCUGGCCCACCCACAGGGGCCACUGCCAACCGGCUCCGCAGUGCUGCCGAGCCUGUGGCUUCCACGCCAGCCUCCCGCAUCCAGCAAGCUGGCAAUACUUCUCCCAGAGCGAUCUCACGGGUCGACCGGGAGAGGAAGGUGAGUAUGAGGCUGCACCGGGGCGCACCCGCCAACGUCUCGUCCUCAGACCUCACUGGGCGGCAAGAGGUCUCCCGGAUCCCAGCCUCACAGACAAGCGUGCCAUUUGACCAUCUCGGAAAGUGAGGAGAGCCACCAUCGGACCAGUGUGUGCUUAGUGUCUUCACUGUAUUUUCUUUUAAAAACAAAAAACAAAAAAGAUGGGGGAAAAAAACCACUCAAAAGAACAAAAAACACCCAGCACAAAACCGACGAUGGAUUUUGUUUCUUUGAUUUCCUUUGCCAACGGCAAGAAGAUGGGAUGCCCUCAGCUCUGAGGAUUCUUGCCCCCUUGCAUUGUCUGCUGCCCCCAAUCUUCAGGCUGCCAAGUGUCCCCCCAUGAUGCCGGACUUCAGAGCCAGAUGCCAGGGCCCUGCCCCAACCACCUGUUCUGCCACCACCUGCCACCUGUUGGGAGAGGAGCAAGCAUGUCAGUGUUGGAGAUGGAGCUGGUCCUCAUGCGCCAGUCCAGGCGGCCUGAGGAGCUCACGCCGGGGAGAGGUGUGGUCAGCCAAAGGCAGGUCCCACCAGUUUCCUGAGCCCCAGAACCGAGGAGACGCACAGCCCUACCCCCUCUGAAAAGGCAGUGGCCAACUUUCUGUGGCGGCCUUUCUGAGUGUCUCCCUCCUCUUCCUUUCUGGAGACCUCGAGUGGUGGUGGGCCGAGAUCCCUGUGUGCGUGUGGAUGUAUGUGACCUCUUUCCCAGGGCCAGCAGAUGUUGUGCCCUGCCCCAUCUGCCAGGCCGAAUGUCUGUUCUCCCAUGUCUCCUAGCAAGGACAUGGCAGUGGGCAGUGACCUCCACAUCUGUCAGGGCACAGAGGGUCCUGCCACCACAGAUCCCCCCACGACUGUCAUCAGCCAGGGGCAGCCCCAUCUUCCGUUCCUGGUCUUAGGGCAGAAUCCAUGGCGACUACUUCCAGGAAGCAUCUGGCUCUGGGUUAUGAAUUACUUCCCUGGUCCUGACAGUCCCCCGGGGUCCCCUGUCUCCCUGGGUUCGCCUUUCUGAGGAGGAGCCUGGGGUCAGGGCUGGGUGUUGGAUUUGCCCGUCCUUCCUAGUUAACACCUGUUUUCGUUUUUAUUUUAUUUUUGUUUGUUUUCUCCGUGUGUGUUUCCUAAUUUAUUUACCUCUGUUUCCCCUUUUUUUCUUUUUUUCUUUUUUUUUAAUUACGGAGCAAAGCUUUUUAUUACUUUGUAAUUUAAAAAACUGAAAAAAAAAUACUGAAGAACUUUGGGGGGAAUUUUGUACUUUUUUCCUGUGUAAAUAUUGGACUUUUUUGAGCUUUAUUGUGGUUGUUAAUUUGAAGUAAUAAAGUAGAAAAGGAUAAAGUGA